AUGCAAUACAAGAACAUCGUCGCUGGCGCAGCCGUGCUGCUUGCCUCUGCUCAAACCGCCGUCGCCCUCGGCACCGCUACUGUCAUCAACAACUGUGGCUUCCCUGUCUACUACUCAUCCGUGGGAGGAAGCAGCAACCCGAGCAUGGCUCCGCUGGAGAACAGCUACAGCCAGGGAUACUCCAGCCCUGGCACCGGUUUCUCCAUCAAGCUCUCCCCCAACCAGACUACAUAUGGAUCCGUCUCUCAGUUCGAGUUCACCUGGGCUGACGGCAAGAUCGCUUAUGACCUGUCCAACAUUGACGGCUACCCCUUUGUUGCUGGUGGUAUGGAGAUUGUUCCAUCCAUGCAAAACGACCCCAACAACCCGACCUGCGUUCCUGUGACCUGCCCUGCUGGUGUAGCCACAUGCACCGCCGCCUACAACGCUCCGGACGACGUCCGAACUAUGGUCUGCAGUGACGAAUCUGACCUCACCCUCACCAUCUGCCCUGGCGGAUCCUUCAAGCGCAGUGUCACCUACGAGGAUGGACACAUUCACUACCGUGUCCACGCUCGUCACAUGCCCAAGCUCGCUUAA